AUGAACGCUUUGACAGUCGUCAAAGGCGCCACCAUCGCACUCAGAUGUUUUUUGUUUUGGUAACUAAGUGUCCUGGUCAUGUUGCGGUGCUGAAAACAACACAAACAACAAUAAAAUCAACAAACGGAGAAGGAUGGAUUCGCUAACGCUCGGAUCGCACAGACUAGUCCACCUGGACCUGAAGGGCGCCCCGCCAAAGAUAGCCUUCUUCGAAAAGUUUCUGCCGUUCAUCAAAGACAUCGGGGCUACAGGGAUUCUGAUAGAAUGGGAAGACACUUUUCCGUAUACCAGAGAACUGAUCCAGGCUGGGGGUUUAUCGAACAGCGCCCAAGCUUGCGGAGCUCCAUACAGCAUCGAGGAGGCCAAACAACUUAUAUGCAUCGCUGAAGACUGUGGCUUAUCAGUUAUUCCACUGGUGCAGACGUUCGGGCACAUGGAAUUUGCUCUUAAGCAUGACCAGUGGCAGGGGCUGCGCGAGGUGGAAAGCUAUCCAAGCUCAAUGUGUCCCAGCAAUGCUGGUACAAUGCCACUGAUUAGGUCACUAAUCAAGCAGAUCAUCAGCUUCCACAGCAACAUACAAUACAUACAUAUAGGAGCAGAUGAGGUUUGGCACAUGGGGAUGUGCCCCUCGUGCAUUCGCAGAGUACAAAGCAACAAAUACGGCAAGGCCAGUUUGUACCUUGAUCAUAUAACCGAAGUGGCACAAUACAUCAAAGACAACUAUCCCAAUUUGAGGAUCAUCAUAUGGGACGACAUGCUGAGGAAUAUAGAUCUGAACAUUCUGCAGGAGUAUUACGUGGGGAAUCUGGUGGAGCCGAUGGUGUGGCACUACAACAACGCGGAUUCCUUUCAGCUGGGCUCGGGCCUGUGGGAGAAGUACAGCAACAUCUUCACGAACGUUUGGGGCGCGACCGCGUUCAAGGGUGCGACGAGCAGCUGCCAGAUACUGCCCGUCAACAAGUACCAUGUGAGCAAUCACGAGAGCUGGCUGCUGGAGAUGGGAGCGCACGCCAGCAAAAUUGGAAACUUCAGGGGAAUCGUCUUCACCGGAUGGUCCAGGUACGAUCAUUACGCCACCCUCUGCGAGCUUCUCCCCUGCGCCAUACCCACCCUCUGCUUGUGCAUGAAGACUUGGCUCACAGGUGAAUACAACCAUCAAGUGCACAGUUCGGUGAGCAAGAUGCUGGGAUACACGGACGUGGACAGCAUCCUCCACAUGGACACACCGAUAAGACCGAUCCCCUUGGCGCCUCAACUCUCCUUCCCUGGAUGGCACAUAUUCCUCGGCUUCGAAUGGUUCGCCAACACCAAGGCCAAAUACAAAAGUAUCAUAGACAGUGAUCAGAUGCAGACCUGGUUCAAUCAAUGGCAAGUGCUGAGCAACUACACGAACCCGAUGCAAAUCGAAAGCAUAUUGCCGGUGCUGACUAGUUUGCUGAUGGAGAUUACCUCGCUGGAGGGCUAUUUGAAAACCAAUUUGGAGCAGUACUUCUACCCGCACACCAUCGACGAAUUGAUUGGCACUCUGGUAGCGCCCAUCAAGCAGCACCUGAGACAGCUGAAAGGUGAAUGCGAGACGCAGAUUACGAACGGAUGCAGGGUCAGAGGACAGAAGAAGCUUCUAUAGACUGAAGAAGAACCUUGUUACUUAAUAACUUAAGAAAGAUUGAAUGUGAUUGCAACUGCAUGUAAGCGCUAGAUAGUAGAAUCGUCUUCUUUUAGAUAUUAUUACUACAUUAGCAACAGAGCGAGAGAGAGAGAGUGAGAGAGUAAAAGUGAAGAAGGAAGAGGGAGGAAUAAUGCUUUUACCCAAUUCGUUUUAUCUUAAGACUAAUUAAUUUUAAGUGGAGUAGGCGGUGCAAGGUGUACAUCUAUAUCUUCGUAUCGCUUAUUAGUGAGUAUUAUUAUGACUUAGACUUGCUUUGAUUUUUUUUUGUUUUAAAUUAAUUUUUCAUAGUAUUAAAGAAGCGGCGCUCCACUUCCACACACGUUAACAUUUACUUAAUUUGUGAGAGAAUAUUCUUGAGAUCGAGUGUGCGGUGGUCGCGCUUCUCAAACAUAUAUAUAUAACAUUGGUGUUUCUUAACCCUUCUCGCAAAAGGUUAGGAGACACUGCUCGGUGUAUAUGUGCAUGUAACAAACACAAAUAUAUAUAUAUAUACAUAUAUUAAUUAAUAUAUAUACACACACACACAAUGUGAUACUUUGUACCUUUUUCUAAAAUAUAUUUAUACGUGACGUUGUUUGUAGUGUUUUAAAGAAUGAAGGAUGUGGCACACAUUUUGUGAUAGACUUGU